CCAGUUGCUAUGGAGACGAGCUGCAACCACUAGAAAGCAUUUGCGGUUUCACCGGGGAAAACAGCUCCCUGGAUAAAACGGAUUUAUACACUUUGAUCCAGCCAACUACUCAUCUCUUUGCUACUUUAAUUGGGUGCUGUUAAAAGGCCGCGUCCCUGGGCGCUCGCCGGCUUUGGUGCUAUCUGCUGUGCAAAAAGGCUACGUUUGCCGAAAAAAUUAACAAAGAGUGAGAAUGACGGACCGCAACUGGGAUAAGAAAAGUACUUCAGCUUUAAAUUCUGAUACAGAAAUGAAACCUGAACAACUACCUCCUUGUGUGAACCCUGGCAAUCCUGUGUUUUCAUGUAUGUUGGACCCAAAGACACUCUGUACAGCAACCUCACUAUCAAAACCUAAGAUGAUUAUGUAUAAAACCAAUUCAGGUCAUUAUGGUGAAUUUUUACCUAUACCACAGUUUUUUCCCUGCAAUUAUACUCCAACAGAGCAAGCAUUUUCAAACCGUAUCAGAGCAACUGGAUUUUGUGAAAAUAACUCUCUAAAUAUUGCACCUGACAGAACCAGAACCCUUGAUUUUCCUAAUUUUCAACAUACUCUAUGAAAAUAUAUUCCUUUGUAUAUUUAAGAGAAAGCAUACCUAGCAAAAACAAGUUUUAAAUCUAAGGCAAAAAUACUUAAUUUAGAAGAUAAAAAGACUUGGAUCAGUUUUUAAAAUACCUUUAAGAAAUUAAGCAUUUCAACUGAUAA